UUUGAACCUUUUGGUGACAGCAGCAUUGGUCUAGUUCAACUCGAGGACGACAUGACAAGAAGCAAGUGUAACGAGUGUGUCUGUGUCUAUGCUGACAAAAAACAAAGAUGGCGACCCCCAUAUAUCACUGUUGUGGCUCUACGGCUGCUACAGUUGCAGCUGACCAAAAGCAAACAGAGCCUUGAAUGAGAGCCUACGAAUAGCGACGAUAGUGUGGGUUCAAUACGCACUGAAAAAACACGAUUUACUGUUAUAUACAAAAUAAAAGGAACAUGUUGACUCCGGUGUUCGAACUAAAACAGGAUAGCGACACAGUGUUCCUGACUAUAAAAGCACCGUAUACGAACAUAAAGAAGUGCGAUAUCACUGUGAUCGACGAUGAGGUAAAAUUCUAUUCGGACCCAUACUUUCUCCGAUUAAACCUGCCGGGAAACGUUGUCGAAAACGGUAAUGCGACAGCUAAGUACGACGCGGACACAGGAACGUUUGAGCUCGUGCUCCCAAAAGAAAUUCCAGGGGAGCAUUUCAAGGAUCUCGACCUGCUCACAAAGUUGUUGGCUCCUAAGGUCAAGCCUUCACAACAACCUUUCAUUGAAAAUAUCGAAAACGCUCCAAAUGAGGUACUUGACGACAAAGAUGGAGAUAUCUGGCAAGUGGAGCAGGUUCCAUUUGAUGAAGGAGCAGCAAGUCUGAAUAGCCGGGCAUAUGGGUUCAAUCGUAGCAAAACUGGUGUCAUUGGCCGAAUGCAGGAGGAUCUGCCGAACGUAUGCGAUAUCCGAAAUCCGGAACACAAAUCAGUAGAGGAGGCACGCCUGGAAAGAUUAGAAAGGGAGAAAAACGAUUUUGACGAUGACCAUUAUCUCCAUGACUUUUUCGAUGAACUAGGAGAAAUCGAGGAAGUCCGCACGAUGCAGCUCGAUUUUACAAAGGACUUCGAGUUUGAUGCGAAUGAGCGAGAAUUGCUGACGCGAUUAUCUGCCCGAAGUUAUCUUAUGACAAAAGGAGACAAGCUGAGAUGCAUUCUUGGUCUUGUAGACUUAAUUUUUGCAUGGGCAUAUCAUAACCGUGUCAGUGAGGGCGAAUUACACUCCGAAUCAGGUUGGACGAUGGCAAAGCUUUCAUCGACGCUCUCAUAUUUUGAGGAGUUUACUUCGAUGAAGUCUGUGAUGAACUCCUGUGUUCGGCGAGCUCUAAUCUACCCUCUAUAUCGUCAUUUCGAUCUGGCUUUGCAAUGUUGGGUGGAUGUUGCUGAUAUCUUUCGCACAGGACGAAAACAGCUGCUUAAGUGUCUCCUCGAUAUCCAUAAUGCAUUGAAACGCGAUGCGGAUGCUAGGUAUAUUCUCAAUGAACUCUACAUCAAAGACUAUAUGAUUUGGCUUCAGAGACAAUGCAAGAAUGAGCGAUUGCUGGAAAUCGCUGAUAAGAUGAGACAGACCACGGUUACAAAGGAGGAACUGUGUCUUGAUCUUGUCCGCUUAGAAGAAGCAGCUAAACUGGUGGAUCUUGAGCAGGAGAUGGAAAGCCUGUCUACUGGUAGCAAUGUUAUGCCGUCGUGCGUACAGAUGGUAAAUGCGUUGGAGGUAGCGGCUGAAAGUGCUCGAAAUGCGUUUGAAACUCAGCUUCCAGCAAAUGCAAUUGAAAUAGGAGAGGCGGCCGGUUUAGAUUCGGAUGAUGAAAGUGAGGCUGCUUCAUCGACUUCAGCAAACGACAGUGACGACUACGACAGCUGUGAGGAGUCGAACUCUUCAGAUGCCUGCACAUCAUCAACAUCGAACUCAUCUUCGUCGACGUCCGAGCCGCAAUCACUUGAGUCGGUCCCCUCUGUUAACAGAACCUUAUAGGUAAAAGCUUUUGGAACAGCUGAACCCACUAUUCUGUUGUAACAACAGUAGCUUCAAAGCGUUGCCCUGGAGAGGUUGUUGAGUAUUGUAUUGCACAGUGGCAGCUAUUUAUAGUAUUAAAGGUUCGGUGGCGAUGCAAUACCGUUGUGCAAAAGCUUGAUAACAAGGAUUGCGGGACUCGCAAUUCGUCGUUAACGACACUUUCCUAAAGGUUCCAUAGCAUGUCAUUCCACGUAGCAUUUGUAUACAGCAUCCUAGUUAAUCAGCCCAUAAAUAGUGAAUCUCUAGCCACUAUUAAUUAUCUCUUAAGCUUCAGCUAUUCGCAAUAGUUAAAGCUCUGCCGUUAUAUGCCUAUAACAAUAAUAGGGAUAAAAAAUAUGAUCGUUAACUAAUGUAUUAUCGGUAAAAUGUGGUAAGAAUUGUUGACAGUGAGAAAUCAAGAACGUGCGAGUAAGGCUUACCUUUCGCUAGUGGCACUUGACAACUGCCGUUACUUGAUACAAGUAAGAAGCAGUAUCACGCAUCUUAUCCAGAGCAAACAUGUAUGUGAUUCGGUUUAAUUUUUUGUGCGCGCGUUGUCAAUAAAAAGACAAUCGAUACAUAAUAUAUAUCGUCUUUUUACUGACAACGCGCACACAGAAAAUUAAACCGAAUCACAUAUAUAUCUUGUUGGUAACAUCGAUAAACUUUUCGGUAAUUCACAAUGAUAAUUAUUUUAAUUAAUACUAUUCGGUGUUGGUAUGAAUUGUUGACUGAUUUGAAGGUCAGUGCGUUCUUAUACAUUCUUGCCGCUUGCAGUAACUUGCCACAUAUGAGUUUGCACUAGGAUGGCAGUUCAUAUUAAUACUAAUAAUAAUAAUACCGAUAAUUUACAUACAAUAUUAAUAAUAAAUAUAUAAAUGUACAAUAAUAUUUCACGUACUAUAUUUGUUAGUACCACUUUCUUCACGUAAUUUAUCACAUUCGCCAUAAUUAUAAACCCACAUUGUCAGACCACUGUAAUCGGACCUAGCACAAAUUUGUAAAUAACUUACUCUUGUGUUCACUGAUUAGGUGUAUUUGAAUUGGGUUAGUCGUUUGUAAAGGAACCUAGCAGGCAGGAAGGAACCGCAUUAGCCAUAUCUGAUAUGAAUAUUUACUCGUUAUUCACUAUCGUAGUAAAAAGUAAACAGCUAAACAAAACGAAAAAGAUGAUAUUAACUUAUGCAUAAUUGAAGAUAAUGUGUUCUUUGUGUAGAAAUGGACCGAUUUAAAUACUAAUCAAAAUAAAUCAUUUUUGGAUAUUUAGGGCCCAACGUAAAGCUCAACGGAGCCAGUCUUGCCUAACUAAUAGUGAAACUACAGUAGACACAUUUGAAUACAGACAUUUGCAUAAAGUAAGCAGUCUUACGUAAAAAAUAACUAAAAGAAGGCGAAAUAAGAUGGAAACCAGUAUAAUGAUUGAUGUAGGGUGUGUAGGGUCAAAUCUGAAUCGACGAUGGGAUCAGCUAGGAGCCGGCGUGUUUCUAGACACACAUACGACUGUUAGCUGCUAUAGAAAGCCACGCCUUUUAGCCUUCAUAACCGAUGGCGAUGCAGGUACUGUACGGUCCGUAGGUACAUCUAAUCUGUUCAAAUUUAAUAAAUGAGCUUGAAGAAAGAGCAACCGGUUCUCAUUAUAACUGUUAAUCGUGGAUGUCAUAGUUUAAGGAAGUACAUUUUUUAAUUAAACAAAACAAUGCUUCAGGCUCUAGAUAGAGAAACCACUAGAACGUUAUCUAAUUUUUCCUUUUUGGGAUGUGUUACUGUGUUACGACUGUAUUUAUGUCAAAAUCGCAGUGUUUAUUGUGGAUAAUAUUAUCGUCUUUUCGCGGCGGAAUCCGAGGUGUUAAUGCUAUGAAUCUUAUCCUACAACUGUACCUCAAAUCAGAGAUGUACCUUUUGCAAAAUCCUGACUCGUCGCAGGCAACUAGCUUAUUAAGGGGUUACAGAUAGGGAUGGGAAUCCACUAUUUAUGAAACAGUGCUUUCCUCUACUGAGGUGAGGCCACUGAUGGGUAUGAUAAAAAUGUGGUUUUGCUGUCUGAGUUGUUCCACGCAACAUACUAUUAUAGAAUAAUGGAAUAAUAUGGCUCUUUGCAGAGAAAUUGGUAUCAGUUAUUUAAAGAUUGUAGAGCUGAAUUUGAGGUAAAUGACCAUUUCAGGUUCUUUUGAAUAAUCCAGAAUGCUAAUGCUAUAAAUUUUAUCUUUCAAUUGACCUUAUAUGUUGUCCUGCGUAUCGCAAACGAUACCAUACCAGUAACAGACUGCCUUAACGAAGAGACACUCCAUGUGAUAGCUUUCUUGCCUGUAAACGUAUGCUGAAUGUCUAUUAAAAAGCUAGUAAAUUUUAAAAGAAGAAACUAAUCAUGGUUUAUAACGGGUACUGAUCACCCCUUCGGUAACGUCGUCUGUUGUUUUCACUAGUUUGACACUUCAAAUUCAUAGUUUACACCUGUUCCAAGUGUUUCAGUAAUAUAUCUAUAGGAAAUAUCUGCAUAGCAAAAAUAUCGAACACUUGCUAAAAAUGCAUUCAAAAAAUACUGUAUUGCGAUUAAUCUUCCAAAGAGCUUUUUUUGGCUUCUAAAAAAUCUUGACCGACGUUAUCCGUACGUAUAAAUAAAAAAUUGAAGUCCUUACCAGUAUGGACCGACCUUAAAAGUUGGUUGUGAGAACGAUCUUGCCUAAAAGAUCUAAUAAAUUUAAUUAGCUUCUACAUUCAAAUUGGCCCAAAUGAAAGAUCACAUACAUCCGAUAAAUGAGAGUCAGAUACCUGAAAAGCAUUUACACCUCAAUUGAUAUUUUCAAUUCAGAUAGCACUUGCCUUCAACUGCAAAUAGCUUCUCAAAAGUU